AGUAGAUACUCUACCGCAACAACAUCAGUGCUACAAUCAGCGGGGAAAGAGGGAUGAUAAAAGUGGUGAUAAAUGAUGGAAGGGAGAAUUAAUAGUAACACGUGGUUUAGGUGAACGUUCGUUAAAAUUUCGAAACAGUUGACUGUUUAGCUUUUACGAGUGAUGUUUAUAUGCUCGAGGAAAUAGUGCAGCAUUGUAUGUCAGUGACAAUCAAAGUGAAUAUUUAAAGUGAGGACUUAAAGUGAAUGUUUAAAGGAACUACCAACAUUUAAAGGAUACAGUUUUUGGAUUAUUUUAUCGAGAAUGAUAACACCGUUGGAUCACGAUAACACAAUGGAUGGAAGGAAUAACAAUUUUUUGAGUUCGUCCAAUCAUGGAAAUGACGAACAAAAUAAUUCCGGAUUAACGAAGGCUGAAUUGAGAAAGAGCAAUAAGCCGAUAAUGGAAAAGAAACGUCGAGCAAGGAUUAAUCACUGCUUAAACGAAUUGAAAACGCUGAUUUUAGAUGCAAUGAAAAAAGACCCCGCUCGUCACACAAAACUGGAAAAGGCCGACAUUCUGGAAAUGACAGUGAAACACCUUCAAACCGUUCAACGCAACCAAAUCGCCAUUGCCGUACAAAACGAUCCAACAGUGAUACACAAAUUUAAAGCCGGCUUUUCGGACUGUACAGAUGAAGUGAGUCGCUACAUAAACCGUAUGGAAGGAGUUGAUGCUGGCGUCAAAAAUCGUUUACUCAAUCACCUCAACAGCUGCGUUGGUGUGCAAACACAGAUCACACCGUACACUCAUUUAACCGGUGGAAAUAGUUACCGACCAUCGGCGAACAUUUUGGGCAGUUCUAGUGGUGCCAUUUCUUCCAUUCUACCACAAGACCCGAAUAAUAAUGGGCGCAUACAAGUCGGAGGAAUGCAACUUAUACCGUCACGACUACCAACGGGAGAGUUAGCAUUGGUCAUGCCGAAUAGCAGUAAUCUUCCCUACUUUCCAUCAUCGAACUUUUCACCACAAAAUCCAAUCGACCUAAAUGUGACAGCGCCCCGCAUCAGCGCGUUCAACAGUGUAACGAAAUCACACACAAAACGAUUAUCGAACAGUCCGCCGCUGAGUCCGACAUCAUCCAUAACGAGUUGUGAUGAGUCGAUGAACACAACCGAAUACCAAACAGUUACACCACCUCUACAGUCCAGUUCAAAUUUUGCCAACAUAUUUCCAACGCCUCCCAGUGGGGGUUCGAUUGAAUUGUCAUUGAAGCCGGUAAUCACCUUACAACAACCCCAUGUAACAUCGACCAGUGAACUGGUUAAGAUUAAGCCACUGUCUGUCAUCACAAAUACAAAUUCGAAUCGAACGUUGGACAUUCAUUAUGUGAACAAGAAGCGACCAUAUCCAAUGGAUCUAAAUGACGACAUCAAGCCGAAUCCGGUGAAAUUGUUCAAAGCUGAAGAGUCUGACCGUAAACAAGUUGAUGGGAAUGAUAAACAAGACAUGGGUAGUGGUGACAUGUGGAGGCCGUGGUGAUUUCACUUUUUUUGUAUAUUUGGUGAGGCGGAUUUUUGUUUUUAUUUUGAGUGGGAGAGAGGAAAUAUUGGGUUAAAAAAUGAAUUUUUUGGUUUGAUCUUUCGGGUGAGCUUUUAUUUUUUACGACAAAUUUAAAUCAAAAUCAACUCUACAUUCAUAAGUCACCUCAGUUUUAAGUUUUUUUUUUUUUAAUUUUAAGUUUCUUUUUUUUGUUAAUUUUUUGUGUUUGAUUUUCCAUUUUUAUUUCUUUGAAGCAAUUUUAUUUUUUAGAUAUGUAUCGAAGUGUCUCUAUAUUGACUGUGAUUUAAAGCUUUUUUAAGAAUAA